AUGGAUCCGUUGAAGUAUAUCUUCCAGAAGGCGAUGCCGACCGAAAAGUUGGCUAAAUGGUUGAUGCUUUUGAGUGAAUUUGAUAUUGUGUAUGUGACUCAUAAGUGUAUGAACAGCUCAAGACUUGUUUUCCCGAUGAAGAGGUAUCGUUUGUGGGUGAAGAUAUUUCUGAAGCAUACACCUGGUUGGAGGGUAUUCUUUGAUGGAGCGACAAACCACCAAGGAAGAGGUAUUGGAGAGUCUUUAGUGUCAGAAUCUGUUCAACACUACCCUGUGGCGUCUAAGCUCCUAUUUAAUAGCAUGAACAUCAUGGUUGAAUAUGAAACAUGCAUUCUUCGGUUCAAGAUGUCUAUCGAUAUGAAUGUCCACAAGUUAGUGGUUAUCGGAGAUUUACAUUUGUUGAUUGAUCAGGUUCAAGGAGAAUGGGUUAUGAAAACCCCAAAGAUCACACCGUAUGUGCAAUAUAUACAGAAGUUGUGCAAGAGAUUCUGCAAGAUUGAGUUCAGACACACUUCCAGAAUGCAGAAUGAGUUAGACGACGCUCUUGCCACCAUCGCCUCAAUGAUUAAGCAUCUAGAUCCUGAUUAUAUUGAUCCUCUGGAUAUAGAGAUAAAACAACAUCAGGUCCAUUGUUCACAUGUUGAAUCACAACCAGACGGUUUGCCGUGA